AUGUUUGCCCAAACCUCUUCAAAAUUCAACUCCACUUCCUCUGUUCCUGCUAAAAGACAAAGAUCGUACUCUCAAGAGUCGAUUAAUAUCUCUACAGAAAGCUCCAAAUCUUCUAAUGACUGUUUUAUGGAUAUCGACUCUGGCAAUCGUUCUCUUGGCGAGUUUCAUAUCGCAUUGUGUAAUCUUGGUGAAGAGACUGAUGAAGAUGAUGAUGAUAUUGAUAUUCUUCUGGAUCCAUCUCAACUUGAUGUGGAAAGUCAAUUUGUCUAUGAAAUGUGCAAUAUUUCAACCUUUUAA